AUGCCUACGCAGUGCCAACGUGAUGCGAGCGUAGUGCCUACACAGUGCCAACUGAAUGAAACGCCAAGGGGGGCAAUCCUCCUUUUUCGCUGCCCUAAUUCGUGGCUGCCCUGCGGACGCUUGGGAGAAAAGACCAAUUCUGCUCCCCGUCCGGACCCGCAGCUGGCCGAGGAGCGCCUACCAGUACACGGACAAGGCAUGAAGAAGUGCCCCUUCACCAGCGUCAUCCCCUACGGGAUGCUGUACGAGAAGCUGAAAAAGGAGAAGAACAACCAGCUGCCCGAAAAUGUAGUUAUCGAGGAGUUUAACCAGCUGCUCUCGACAUACGAAAGGCCAAGUCCCUAUGACACUAACGGAACCAUUCAUGUAUCCAACCAAAAGGAUUUAAUUCUCUUUCAGAUAGACAUAGAAUACACAGUGGACAGUAUUUUCAAGAGCAUGGUCUUCACAAAUGAUGGCACUCCUAAUGGAAGCGCCCUAACCGAUAUCUUCUCUCCUUACCGAACGUUGUUUCAAAAUAAUGAGAAGAACUACGUGUCCGUGCCGGUCAUCCGCAUAUACACCGUGACGAACGAUGGGUAUAGUGUCCUUGUAAACGUACACAAUUUUUUCCCCUAUUUCUAUGUAGAAAUGCCAAGCCACUUCGACAAGGAGGACUUGCUAAAGCUCGAAUGCAUGAUGAAUGACAAUCUGAAUGCGAAUAGCCAAUACAAAAUAUAUGACAAAAAAAUUCUGAACAUCGAAAUUGUGAAGACGGAGAGUCUAAUGUACUACAAGCGAGAUGGAAAAAAAGACUUCCUAAAAAUCACCGUCCUCCUUCCUAAGAUGGUUCCUAGUUUGAAAAAGUUUUUCGAGUCUGUCGUUAAUGUAAAUGGAAAAAGCAUAGGUGGGAUCGUCUACGAAGCUAACUUACCUUUCAUUCUACGUUACAUAAUAGACAAAAAAAUCACGGGUUCUUCUUGGCUUCUCUGCAAGAAUAACCAUUUUCACAUUCGACCGAAACAUAAAAAAAUAUCCAAUUGCUCCUUCGAAAUUGAUAUAUCGUAUGAACAUAUAGAACCCAUGCCACUAGAGAAUGAGUAUCAGCAAAUCCCAAAAAUAAGAAUUGUAUCCUUCGAUAUAGAGUGUAUUAAGUUGGAUGGAAAAGGAUUCCCUGAAGCAAAAAAUGAUCCCAUAAUACAAAUAUCGUCCAUUCUCUACUUUCAAGGAGAUCCAAUUGGAAAAUGCUCAAAAUUUAUCUUCACUCUAAAGGAGUGUGCUAGUAUCCCUGGUUCCAAUGUAAUUUGGUUUUCCGAUGAAAAGACGUUACUAGAUGCAUGGAGUGAAUUCAUCACAAGACUUGACCCAGAUUUCCUAACUGGUUACAAUAUAAUAAAUUUUGAUUUACCUUACAUCCUAAAUAGAGGUACUGCUCUCAAUUUGAAGAAGUUAAAAAUGUUGGGAAGAAUAAAAAAUAUCAGCAGUGUGGUUAAGGAGUCGAGUUUUUCUUCCAAGCAAUUUGGGACCCAUGAGACCAAAGAAAUUAACAUAAAUGGGAGAAUCCAAUUCGACGUCUAUGAUCUUAUAAAGAGAGACUACAAGCUAAAAUCGUACACUCUUAAUUACGUCUCGUUCGAAUUCUUGAAGGAGCAGAAGGAAGACGUUCACUACAGCAUCAUGAAUGAUUUACAAAAUGAAAGUCCUGAGUCUAGGAAGAGAAUCGCUACGUAUUGUAUAAAAGACGGGAUUCUUCCGCUCCGCUUAAUAGAUAAAUUAUUGUUCAUAUACAACUACGUCGAAAUGGCAAGAGUGACAGGGACCCCCUUCGUUUACCUCCUUACGAGAGGUCAACAAAUUAAAGUCACCUCUCAACUGUACCGCAAAUGUAAAGAAUUGAAUUAUGUCAUCCCUAGUACGUAUAUAAAAUCUGGUAGCAAUGAAAAGUAUGAAGGAGCUACCGUUUUAGAACCCAUAAAAGGGUACUACAUAGAACCCAUUUCCACGCUCGAUUUUGCAUCGUUGUACCCAUCUAUCAUGAUAGCACAUAAUCUGUGCUACUCCACCUUGGUUAAGAAUAACUCAGAGAUCGAGGGACUCAAACAAGAAGAAGUCACCUCCAUUCAAGGAAAGGGAAACAUAAAAUUUGUGAAGAGAUCCGUAAAGAAGGGAAUACUCCCCUUAAUCGUAGAAGAAUUAAUAGAUGCAAGAAAAAAAGUCAAACUUCUCAUCAAAAAUGAACAGAACAAAAUUACAAAAAUGGUACUCAACGGAAGGCAGCUGGCACUCAAAAUUUCAGCCAACUCUGUAUAUGGAUACACGGGUGCUGCUUCGGGGGGACAACUCCCUUGCUUAGAAGUCGCAGUCUCUAUUACCACCCUUGGAAGAUCCAUGAUUGAUAAAACGAAAGAAACCGUGGAGAAAUACUACAGCAGGAGCAACGGAUUUGAAUACAACUCCACCGUGGUCUAUGGAGACACAGACUCAGUUAUGGUCAAAUUUGGUACCAACAGCAUUGCUGAAGCAAUGGCCUUAGGAAAGGACGCUGCACAAAGGAUAAGCAAGGAGUUUCUUCAUCCGAUUAAGUUAGAAUUUGAAAAGGUCUACUGCCCUUACCUAUUGCUCAACAAAAAAAGGUACGCUGGACUCCUCUACACCACCCCAGAAAAACACGACAAAAUGGAUUGCAAAGGAAUCGAAACAGUUAGGAGAGACUUCUGCAUCCUUAUUCAACAAAUGAUGGAAACGGUUUUGAAUAAACUUCUGAUUGAGAAAAAUCUCAACAGUGCCAUAGAGUAUACAAAAAGCAAAAUUAAGGACCUCCUUACAAAUAAUAUCGAUAUGAGUCUCCUCGUGGUAACAAAAUCUUUGGGAAAGACUGACUACGAGACUCGACUUCCACACGUAGAGUUAGCAAAGAAGUUAAAGCAAAGAGACAGUGCCACUGCCCCGAAUGUAGGAGAUCGAGUUAGCUACAUUAUAGUCAAAGGGGUUAAAGGACAAGCACAAUACGAACGAGCAGAAGAUCCACUCUACGUCCUAGACAAUAACCUAGCCAUUGAUUACAACCACUAUCUAGAUGCAAUUAAAAAUACGCUUUCAAGAAUUUUUGAAGUUAUUAUGCAAAACUCAGACUCUCUUUUUUGUGGUGAACACACAAGGCACAAAACGAUUCUAACUUCCAGCCAAACUGCCCUCUCAAAAUUUUUACAAAAGGCAGUCCGUUGCAUCGGUUGUAAUAGCUCUAUUAAGAAGCCCCCUCUUUGCAACCACUGCAAAAUGAAUAAGGAGUUCUCCAUUUAUAUGCAAAAAAUGAAUCACUUCAAAACCAAACAGAAUGAGUUUUUUCAGCUCUGGACUGAGUGCCAACGGUGCCAGGGCAACCUCCACGCUGAGGUCAUUUGCAUGAAUAGGGACUGCCCCAUCUUUUACCGGCGAGCCAAAAUUAAGAAGGACAUGGCCAACGUUCAGGAGCAGAUAAGUGCCCUGCGCGCCGACUGGUGA